AUGGGUGGUCAACCGCAUGUGGUGUAUAAGGGAGAGGCGCGGAGGCAAACGGUGUUCAGCUGGUUCCUGUCGAUGGUGGCCGUCCACGACCCCGCCGUUUCCGUGGCCCACCUGAAGCUCAUGCUUCUGCCGCUGCGGAGAGCGGUGUUAGACGCCGAGGCGGGCGGGGUGGAGCACAAGGUGGUGGAACUCCUGGAGAAGGUUGGCAGCGGCCGCUUCCUCGAGGCCUUGACGGGAGUCAACAUUGAGAUCUCUCGGAAGCGGGCGGAGCGAAAGCGGCAGCGUGCGGUGGAGAAGGCCACGGAUUGCGGCGGCAGAGCGGCGAAGGGAGCGCAGGAAGAAAAAAACCUGCCCUCUUCCGACGUAAGCUAG